AUGGAUCAUGGCGUCAUGGGUGGUCGCCGAGCUAUGGUCACUACGGAAAACGAGGGGAAGCAGACGAGAGGUUCGUGCGAACGGGAUACUCUCAAUCUGAAGGACCGCUCUUCACGGGCCUGCAUCGGAAUAAACCAAGUGCCCAUGUCCUUUGGUCUUCAGUGCGGUGAUGUGAUGAAGAUGACUGGCAGUCUCCUUUGGAAUGUGCUGGCCAUGCGCUGUAAGGGGUAA